AUUAUUUGCCCUAUAAAUACUCGAUACCAAAAUUUAUUAUGGCAUCACAAAAAUACAAAGGCAUCUAAAAGUAAAAUGGAUAAGAGUUCAUGUGUAUUUGCUCCAAAUCGAAGGUUGGAGGGAAAAGUGGCUAUAAUCACCGGUGGUGCAAGUGGUAUCGGAGCGACUGCAGUCCAAGUCUUCAUUGAGAAUGGUGCAAAAGUCAUCAUCGCGGAUAUUCAAGAUCCAGAGGGUGAAGUAAUCGCGACCAAGCUAGGCGAAAACGCCCAUUACAUUCAUUGUGAUGUCUCAAAAGAAGACGAUAUGAAAAAUUUGAUCGACUCUACAAUUUCAAAAUUCGGUCAUCUUGACAUAAUGUACAACAAUGCUGGCAUCUACGACACGACAAUAAAAAGCAUCAUGGACACGGAAAUCGUUGAUCUAGAGCGUAAAAUCGCAGUGAAUUUAACUGGAUCUUUUUUGGGUGCGAAAUACGCUGCCAAAGCAAUGGUACCUCGUAAAAAAGGGUGCAUUUUGUUCACAGCAAGUUGUUGCACAAAAGUGGCUGGAAUUGCAUCAUACACUUAUGUUGCAUCAAAAUAUGGAAUUGAAGGAUUGUGCAAGAAUUUGGCUGUUGAAUUAGGGUUACAUGGUAUAAGAGUAAAUUGCAUUUCUCCUUUUGCUAUAUUGUCAAAUACAAGUAAAUUUGGUAAUGAAAUUGAAGCAAUAUAUGAAGGAAUGAUGGAUUCUAUAGGGAAUUUAAAAGGGGUUCCUCAUAACAAAGAAGAUGUAGCAAAUGCUGCUGUUUUUCUUGCUAGUGAUGAAGCAAAGUACUUAAGUGGACAUAAUCUUGUAAUUGAUGGAGGGUUUAGUGUUGUCAACCCUAGCUUUCUCAAGAUUACAGGACAAUAUCAAUAAGUGUAAUUUAGAAAUAUGAUAAUUAAGAAUAAAGGAAAAAGGGAAUUCAGAAAACUCGAAUUAUUAGUUUAUCAUGGUCUACUUAGACAUGACUUUACUAUAUAUUGGAUUAGUUUAAUUUUCAAGA